AUGGAGAAGGCUGAAGGACCAACAUCAUCUUUGAAACCUCGCCCCCAACAACUCGGAGCAAAUUUGCAGAAUUCUUCAAUUCAAACAACUCAACGGAACACAGCUGAUGCUAAUUCGUCGCUAGCACACCGACGAACACAACGAAUCAGUGAGCCGAGCACACGUAGAGCAGAUAGCCCCAAGCGGGUAGGAGGAACUGCCAGACACGAGGCCACCAAGCGACGAAAAAUCUGCUCAAGCAAGUGUGGCACACAAAAAGCCAGUAGAGAUAGCGGCAAAAAGGCCGGAAGAAAAACCAACGUGCUGCCGGAAGAGCCCCUUAAACAAGGGGCUCUUCUUUUCUGUUUUUUUCUUCCCUUUUUCUCUUCGGUUUCGACUGUGGGGCGGCAACGGAGCAGAAGGCCUCGACGACACCGCCAACAAGGAGGAACCAGAUCUGCAAUCAUCGUUGGAAUCGCCCAGUCACGCGGGAAGUCUCCUCGCGAAGCCAUCAGUGGCAAGAAACGAGGAAAAGUUGUGGUUUCCGGACUCAGCGUGGUUUCGAGAAGGUUCGCCUACCGUCCAGAAGGAAUCGCCUGGUGUAUCUCCAUCACCCAAGAGAUCCAGCAGCAACCGGCCGUCGUUCUCAGUCGAGCCACGAUCGACUCCGGCCGGGCCGUGGAAGUCAUUUUGUUCCCGGAAAAUCAGAGUGAUUUGUUGGUGUGUGAGCUGCCAAUGGUGACCGUUACGACAUCUGGUGGCCAGAAUCCAGAACGUUCAUCGGGCGAGGCAAUCACGACACCUGGUGGCGGGUUUCGGAAACUCGCAGCUACUCAAGCAGCAACAGCGAUAGACGUUCGCUUGCUCCGUGAGCCACCGGGGUGUGUUAGCCGGUCCCCGGAGGCGCAUUGCCUGGUGGCGAGCGUGAUGUUUGGUCCGAGGAUGACAGCAGGGCAGCAGGAGAUCGACGCACAGAAAAACUCCGGGUCAGCGAGCCAUCCACCGAGUGCGACAAAAUGCAGUUUUGCACGUAAGUCGGAAAUUAUGAAUUGAUGUUGUUUGUUUACCCAUUUACCCACAAUAAU